UACUCAUUCACGGAUCGGGCCGGUGUGUCUGUUCGCUGCCGCCGACCCGGAGGCGAGGCGAGGGGAAUCCGGAUCCGGAUCCGGAUCUGGCGCUGCGGCUCCUGGGCGCGGUAGCAGCCUCUGUGCUCGCCCCGAGCAGGCUGGCGGGUCGGCCCCGUGUUUGCCGUGCCCUUCGGGCCCCCGGCCCCGUGAGCGGCGCUGCCGGGUGCCGUGGAAGCAUGGCCGGCGAGGAGCGAGGCCUGGAGCCGCCGGCUCAGGACCACGGCGGCAAGCGGCAGAGGGAGGCCGGCCCCGAGUCUCCGGUGGCUAAGCGGCUGAAGGAGCCGGCGGGCGAGCAAGACAGGAAGUGCCCGAAGAGGAAAGUGGUGCUGCUGCUGGCCUACUCCGGGAAAGGCUACCACGGCAUGCAGAGGAAUGUUGGAUCGGCUCAGUUUAAGACCAUUGAGGACGAGCUGGUGAAGGCACUGGUAAAAGCUGGGUGUAUUCCAGAGAACCACGGCAAUGAUAUGAGGAAGAUGUCCUUCCAGAGGUGUGCAAGGACCGACAAGGGUGUUUCUGCUGCGGGUCAGAUCGUCUCCCUGAAGCUCUGGCUCAUUGAUAACCUCGUGGAGAAGAUCAACGCAAACCUGCCGCCUGGCAUUAAAAUAUUAGGGCUCAAGAGGGUCACUGGCAGGUUCAACUCGAAGAACACCUGCGAUGCCAGGACCUACUUCUACAUGCUGCCCACUUUUGCAUUUGCCCACAAGGACGAUGGUCAGCCGAUCGAGGACUUCCGCCUGAACAGCGAAGCCCUCGGCCUCGUCAACAAGCUGUUGGGCUGCUACCGAGGGACCCACAACUUCCACAACUUCACGUCUGGGAAGGGUCCGAAAGACCCCAGCGCCAAACGGUACAUCAUGGAAAUGUUCUGCGAGGACCCUUUCGUGAGGCGGGGCGUGGAGUUUGCUGUCCUGAAGGUCAAGGGUCAGAGCUUCAUGAUGCACCAGAUUAGGAAGAUGAUUGGAUUGGUCAUCGCCAUUGUGCGAGGCUACGCUCCAGAGUCCAUCAUGGACCAGAGCUGGGGCGAGGAGAAAGUUGACGUGCCCAAAGUCCCUGGGCUCGGGCUUGUGUUGGACACUGUCCACUUCGAGAAGUACAACAAUCGCUUCGGUAAUGACGGAGUCCAUGAGGCUCUGGAGUGGUCCGGAGUAGAAGAACAAAUUAUGGCGUUCAAGGAGGAUCACAUCUACCCAACCAUUAUUAACACCGAGAUCAAAGAGCAGUCAAUGGCGAAUUGGCUUAGCACCCUUCCGAUCCACGACUUCACUGCCACAGCCUCGGGAGUUCAGCUAAACGAGAAUCAUUCAAAGAAGACAAACGAGCCGGACGAUGGCAGUGACGUGUCUCAAUCUGACUGAGAAGUUCUGUGGUUCUCCUCACCCACCAUCGCCAUGCCUCUGCUGGCAUCUGCCAGUGAAGGAAAUGGGCCGUCGCUGGUGGGCACUAGCUCCUGCUGAUCCCGCAGUGAGGAGGAGCGCCAUGCAGUCUGAGCCCAUCAGUGGUUUUAAAGAUUUUCAUUUAAGACUCCUGGGGUGUCUGUGUUUUUCUCUUUUGAUUAUAGAUAUGCUGGAGAUUUUAAAAAAGGAAAGAUGUUAGAGCUGGGGUUCUCAACCUUUUUAAUGCCAUGGACCAGUACCAUUAAGCAAGGGAUCUGCGCAUUAGAGGUAUUGCUGACUCUUAAGUCCAUGCAGCACCGAAGAUGUGUGGAAAGGACGGUGACCAUUCAGUCCAUUGGCUCCGUACUAGCUGCACUUCAUUUAACGGUUUAGGCAUUUGGGUCCAUGAUGUUCUGACUCUUUAGUCCUAUUCCAAAAUCAAUGUAACCCUUCCUUCCCAUGCAGCCCUCCAUUUUUCUAUCAUCCAUGUGCCUAUCUGAGAGUCUCUAAUGUAUCUGCUUCUACCACCACCCCUGGCAGGGCGUUCCAUGCAUUCACAUUCUGUGUUUACUUGUUUUUAAAAACUAUCUCUGACAUCUAUACCCCCCUCCCCUACGUCGGCACGAUUUCCUCAGCAUCCUGGUAAAUCUCCUCUGCACCUUCUCUAAAGCUUCCACAGCUACCCUACAAUGGGGUGCCCAGGCCGAACACAAGUUCAGAGUAUAUUUAUUAUCAGAGUACAUGUGUGUCACCAUAUACAAACCUGAGGUUCAUUUUCCUGUGGGUAUACUCAGCAAAUGCAAAUAUAAAUAACAAGAACACGAGAGUCCUUAAAGUGAGAUAAUUGGUUGUGGGAACAUCUCAGUGGGUGGGCAAGUGAGUCUAGUUAUCCCCUUUUGUUCAAGAACCUGAUGGUUGAGGGGAUGUAACUGUUCUUGGACCUGGUGGUACGAGUCCUGAGGCUCCUGUACCUUCUGUCUGAUGACAGCAGUGAAAAGAGAGCAUGGCCUGGGUGGUGGGUGUGUCUGUUGGAUGCUGCUCUUUGCAACAGCGUUUCAUUUAGAUUUGAUCAAUGGUUGAAAACAAUCAAUCAGAUGAAUUUUGCAGAUCUAUAAACCCCUGGCUGGAACAAAGACCACACUUUGGUCUACCAAGGUUUUAUAGAGCUGCAACAUUACCCCAAUAAUCAAGGCCAAUGCACCGUACACCACCUUAACAACCCCAUCAGCUUGCGUGGCCGCUUUGAGGUAUCUGUGGACGUGAUGGGUCUCUGUCCCUCCACGCUGCUAAGAAUCCUGUUGUCAACCCUGUACCUUGCCUUCAAAGUGGAUCAUUUCACCUUUGUUUUUGGGCUCCAACCACUCAACUUACCACACUGUUUUUAAGAAAAACUACAUCUGACAUUCCACCCCACCCCACCACCAUACUUAAUUCCAAAGAGCUUGAAAUUCUGCCCUCUUGCAUUAGACAUUUCCACCCUGAGGAAAAUACUUCUGGCUGUCCACUUGAUCUAGGCCUCCAAUCAUCUUGUCGACCUCUAUCAAGUCGCCUGUCAUCCUCCUCCACUCCAAAGUGAAAAUGCUAGCUCACUUAACUUACCCUCAUAAGAUGAGCUCUCUAAUCCAGGCAGCAUCCUGGUAAUUCUCCUCUGCACCCUCUCUAAUCCAGGCAGCAUCCUGGUGAAUCUCCUCUGCACCCUCUCUAAUCCAGGCAGCAUCCUGGUGAAUCUCCUCUGCACCCUCUCUAAUCCAGGCAGCAUCCUGGUGAAUCUCCUCUGCACCCUCUCUAAUCCAGGCAGCAUCCUGGUGAAUCUCCUCUGCACCCUCUCUAAUCCAGGCAGCAUCCUGGUGAAUCUCCUCUGUACCCUCUCUAAUCCAGGCAGCAUCCUGGUGAAUCUCCUCUGCACCCUCUCUAAAGCUUCCACAUCUUUCCUAUAAUGAGGUGAUCGGAACUGAACACAAUAUUCCAAGUAUGGUCUAACCAGGGUUUUAUAUUGAUGCAACUUUACCUCGCGGAUCUUGAACUCAAUUCCCUGAGAAUUGAAGGCUAACACACCAUAUGCUGUCUUAAACACCCUAUCACCUUGUGCAGCAACUUUAGGGGUCAUAUGGACAUGGACCCCACCCCACACCCACCUAGUUCCUUCUGUUCCUCCACACUUAAGUAUCCUGCCAUGAAACCUGUAGUAUGCCUUAAAUUUUUACCUUCUAUAGUUUCCCUGGUUUUAACCACUCAACUUGUCACAUGCUUUUAAAAAAAACUUGCCUCUGACAUCUCUCCUGUACUUUCCAACAAUUACUUUAAAAUUAUGCUCCCUCGUAUUAGCUAUUUUCACCCUGGAAGAUGGUGUUGGGGGUCUCUGGCUGCCCACUCGGUCUAUGAUCAUUAGCUCCGUUCCCUGAAUCUGGCCUUUGUAAUUAUCCCUUUGAGUACUUGCCCCCAUUUCUGCUGAAGCUCACUUGCUUUGAUUUGUAGGUAACAAGCUGUGAACAGGUGGGUUAAUGGACAUCUCUCGUUUGGUUUGGGCUCUCCCUGAUGCUGAUGCAUCUUCCCUAUCAGGCUAGAGCAAACGAUCAGAGACCUAAUGCGGUCGGUGCUCUCUUGUACCUGAAAUUCAGAUUUGUCGCUGUGCGGCAUUUAAAAUGAAAUGUUGGUAUUUAAAAUAAAAAGAAAUUUACACAAAAUAAAUUGUUCUACUAUU